AUCUUCAACUCAAGAGACCCCAUUAUAUAUACUACAUACACAUUACACGUUCCCAUGUAACACCACCCCAUAAGCAUCAAUUCCCUUUCAUUUCCCGGUCUCUACAAUGGCAAGUCCCACAUCGGUGAAGGAGCGCGCAGGCGCGGAGAUCGUUUACGGGCCGGAGGAGUGCCGGAAGCGGUCGACGGAGCUUCUCCAGGAGCUGGGGUUCCCUUCGGGGGUGCUUCCGCUGAAAGAUCUGAUCGAGUGCGGAAGGGUCCACGAAACGGGGUUCGUGUGGAUGAAGCAGAAGGAACCGAGCGUGCACUUCUUGGAGGGAAGCAAGAGCCUGGUGAGGUACGGCGUGGAGGUUACGGCCUACGUGGAGAAGUCGAAGAUGAAGAGAAUGAGUGGCGUUAAGAGCAAGCAAGUGUUGGUGUGGGUGCCCAUUUCUGAGAUGAGUCUUCAUGCCCAUGGGAAUGGGAACCAGAUUCUCUUCAAGACACCUUUCGGGGUUGGUAAGUCUUUUCCUGUCCAAGCGUUCUUCACCGCGGAGGAGGAGAAGGGAAAGAACAUGCUGCUCAAGGAUCACGAGGAGAUCAAGGACAUGUGAUUUCUUCUUGAUAAUUUCAUUUUGGUUUGUGAAAAUCUAUCCAUCCUCAAAUAAACUCUUAGACGUCUUACACCAAAAAUAUUAGAUUUUACUUAAUACUAAUUGGGUGUGGGGACAAGGAUGAGUAUUCACUUAUUUAUCUCAUUCUUGUUUUAUGUAAUAUUUUUUAUGAUUUAUUUGAGAUUUAUGUAAUUUUUAUCUUA